AUGUUUCAAGCGGAUCGCCGAAAGUUGGCUUGCCUGCCGCCUGUCAAGCUGGAGCAGGACCAUCAGGAGCAGCAAAAGGACCUUCUCAAUAGUAUAGUGAUAGUCCCAGAGCCGAAUCCUGAGCGCCAGGACAUGCAGUUCCCGGAUAUCUGGCUGCGCGACAAUUGCCGCUGCCCGGAGUGCUAUUUGCCGCAGACCCUGAGCCGUCUGCCCCAGCUGUGGAAUAACCUGGACACCAGUGUGCAUGUCCUGCGACAGAGUGUGGAUCUGCAGCAGCAGGUCCUGUACAUAGAUUGGUCCGAUGGCCAUGCCUCUCAAUAUCCCUAUGACUGGCUUAGGGAGCGGGACUUUUCGGCAGCAAAUCGCGAGCGGUACCUUAGGGAAUCCUAUCGCCCCGAGCAGCAGUUGUGGACUGGCCAGGACUUUGAGGCGAUACGGCGUACCUUCUACUUUCAGGAACUGAUAACCAGCGACUUGGCAUUGCAGCAAUGGCUUCACCAUUUGGCUGUUUAUGGGGUGGCCCUGGUAAGGGAGGCCCCUCUGGAGAUGGAUGUCCUGCGGCGCCUGGCCAACCGAGUGGGUUUUAUGCGACGCACCACCUACGGCGAGGAGUUCAGUGUGAGAGCCCAACCGGGAGCAAGUAACUAUGCCUAUCUAGCCGCUCCCCUGCCCCUGCACACGGAUAUGCCUUAUUUUGAGUACCUGCCCGGAGUGACCAUGCUGCACACCCUGGAGCAAUCCGCCUCGCCAGGAGGGGUUAACCUGCUCGCCGAUGCUUUCUAUGUGGCUGAGGUCAUGCGAGAUCGCCAUCCUGACGAGUUCCGGGUGCUCUGCCAGACGCCUGUCGAUUGGGCUGACAAGGGACACGAUGGCGACCUGCAUUUCCACAACAUCUGGCGGGCACCGGUCAUCAACUUGGAUUCCGAGGGGCGAUAUGUUCGGAUUAACCACAGCAUUCCCCAGCGCGACAGCCACUUUAGCGUGCCGCUGGAGCAGGUGCGACCUUGGUACGAGGCCAUGGCCACAUUUGUGCGCCUGGCCCAUGAGCACUCGUGCCGCUUCAAGACCACGCCCGGUGACGUGCUCACCUUUGACAACCUGCGCCUGGUUCAUGGACGCACCGGAUAUGAUGACACGGAUCGUAAUGUGCGCCACAUCCUGGGCGCCUUUAUCGACUGGGAUAUUGUCUACUCACGGCUGAGGGUCUUGCAGGACGCUCACACUUGUCCCGAAUCCGCUUAG